UGAGAAAUGAUGAUCAUGAUGAAGAGGAGGUGGAGGAAUCAGGAGCAUCAUCAAUGCCAGCAAGUCCAAAUGCAGAAUACUACAACAGCUCAGCAUUAUCAGUGGCCAUCAUAGCUGUUAUGGAGAUGGAACUCCCCUACGACCACCACCACUUUCCGGCCAUCCAUCUUCUCAGUCACUCCUUCUUACCCAUCAAUCCCCGCUUCUCCUCUAUCAUGGUGGAAAGCGAUAACAGGGGAAAAAAAUGGAAACGGGUUCCUGUUAACGUGGAAAAUCACCUGAAAACCGCUAGCUAUCCGGAAGAUGAACCGAUCGAAUUUUACAACAAAUGUUUGGAAGAAUACUUGGCAAAGAUGUCCAUGGAUGGAUUCCCACAGGAUCAACCCUUGUGGGAAAUGCAUAUCUUCAAGUACCCUACUAGCAAAGCAUGUUGGCACUUAAUAUUCAAGCUCCACCAUUGCCUUGGUGAUGGCUAUUCAUUAGUCGGAGCUCUUCUCUCCACUAUGCAAAGAGCCGACGACCCUUCUCUUCCUCUCACAUUCCCUUCCCGUCAAUCGUCGUCGACCCUGAAAAUGGCCAAGAACAUCGCUUUCUUCAAGCGCAUACCUGCUUUUUUUAUGGAUACAUUGAAAGAUUUUGGUUGGAGUGUGUUGAGGAGUAGCAUCUUAGAAGAUGAUCAGAACCCAAUAAGAUCUGGGAAAGAAAUGGUGGAGCUUUGUCCCAUGAAUAUAACAACAGUCAGAUUCUCACUUGAUCAGCUUAAACAUAUUAAGACAAGUUUGGGAGUGACAAUAAACGACGUGAUUGUGGGGGUAAUCUUUUGCGGAAUUCGUCUAUACAUGAAAGAAAAAAAUGGGGCCAUGGGGGGUUCGGCGGGAGCGAAUGCAUUGGUGGUGUUCAAUUCCCGUGCCAUUGGAGUCGGGUAUAAAUCUGUUGAGGAAAUGUUGAAGCCUAAUGCUGAAAUGGCAUGGGGAAAUAGAUUUGGGUUCUUCCAUAUAGCUAUUCCAAAGAUGAUGGAUGGAAAAGAAGAAGAAGAAGAUGGAUUCAUGACCAUUAAUAAUCCUUUACAUUUUAUAAUGGAGGCUCAUCGGAUGAUCAAGAAGAAGAGAAAUUCUGCAGCUGGUUUUCUCACUGCCAAGCUCCUUCAAACAAUGCGCAAGUUUAGAGGCUCAGAGGUGACAUCGAAGUAUAUAUACAGUGCCAUGAAGAACUCUAGCAUGGCGGUUUCUAAUGUUAUAGGACCAGUGGAGAAGAUGGUUCUGGCUAACCACCCAAUCAAAGGCUUGUUCUACACUGUUACUGGCAUUCCACAGAGCUUGGUGAUAACAAUGAUGAGUUACAUGGGAAAACUAAAUGUGGUGUUUAGAACAGAGAAAGACUACAUAGAUCCACCCCUCUUCAACUCUUGCAUCCAACAUGCCUUCCGAAUCAUCCUCAAAGAUUGUACCGACAAUUAA